ACUAAGCAGUAAAGUAUCUGAUCUUAGCCUUUUGUUGAACAAAACAAAAAAAAAACCAAGUCAAAAAACUUCAUCAUCAUCAUUUGAUUGGAUUAAAUUUCUCAAUUCAUUCCAAGACUCAGCAACGCGUUUUUACAGUUUUUUUAAUUGAACGUCAUGUCGGCCACCGCUUUAUUUGGAAAUACAUCAGCCCUGGGGGGCAGUUCUGGGGGUAACAAACAUAUAGUAGAGUUCCGUGCAGGAAGAAUGACACUAAAGGGUAGAAUGGUUCACCCUGACAAAAGGAAAGGCUUACUUUACGUAUAUCAAGGAGAAGAUUCCUUGAUGCAUUUUUGUUGGAAAGAUCGGACUACUGGAGAAGUAGAGGACGAUUUAUUGAUAUUUCCUGAUGAUUGCGAAUUCGUUCGUGUAAAUGAAUGCACUACAGGCCGGGUCUAUGUCCUGAAAUUUAAAUCAUUUGCUAAGAAAUACUUCUUUUGGAUGCAGGAACCUAAAACUGAUAAGGAUGAUGAUUAUUGCCGCCGUAUUAAUGAAGCAUUGAACAACCCACCUACUUCAGGAGGGCGAGGUGGUGGGGGCGGUAGUGGCACUCAAGAUGGGGAGCUCCAAAACAUACUUAAUAAUAUGUCACAGCAACAGCUGAUGCAACUUUUCGGGGGUGUCGGCCAAAUGGGUGGAUUAUCAUCACUCCUUGGAACAAUGGGGAAUAAUAGUAGCAGCAGUGGCUUAACCCGUCCGGUUGGCAGCAACAACAGCUCACGCGGCGGAAGCGCCCCGCGGACCACGGAGGCGACCGCCACGCGCACCCCGCUCAGGGCCCGCGACGCCCCGGCCCCGACUGCCACUCCGCCAAACACUGCUAAUGCUAAUCAAUCUCGUAGUGGACAGAUAUUUUUAUCGGAUUUGCAACGCUACUUCUCGGGGCUCGGCAACGCGCCGCCAGAAGGCUCUGGGUCGGCGGGCGGCGCGGCCGAGCGCGUGGAGCUGGCGGCCGCGCUGGCGUCGCCGGAGGCGGUGUCGGCGGCCAGCGCGCCCGCGACCGCGCCGCGCCUGGCGCCGCUGCUGCCGCCCGCGCCCGCCGGCGCCGCGCAAGACGAUGUAAGGACCACCCUGCUCUCACCGCAGUUCGCUCAGGCAGCAAACCAGUUUUCAUCUGCUCUAACUUCUGGGCAGAUAGGUCCAGUUUUAUCACAGUUUGGACUAGCUCCUGAAGUUGUCUCAGCUGCUAACACAGGUGACAUGAAUGCCUUUUUUAAGGCCCUGGAGAAUACAUCAGAAACCAAGUCCAGCAGUGCGGAUGAAAAGAAGAAAGACGAGAAACCCAAGGACGACAAAGGAGACAAGAAAGACGGUGACGCCGGAAUGUCACUGGAUUAAAAUAAAUAAAAAAAAUGCUUUCGUCAUUGUAACUUUAUAAUAGUUACAUACAAUUUAUAUACCUAUUUCAUCAUAAUAAUAGUAAUAAUUCUUAGAUGUUUUAAUAAGAAACUGGCAAUCUGAUAAAUUGACAGAAUCCACUCAAUGUAUUUGUAGCAUUAAUUGCAAUGUAUAAAAUUUUGAAUGUUAAUGAUUAAAAUGCUGUUUUGCUGAAAUGA